AUGUUUUGUGACGCUGAAGAUGGGGCUGCCAUAGUUUCUCAUAUUCCAAUAAGUCCUUUUGUCCCAAUACAACACAAUAAUAUUGAUGUCUCCGCUGUGAAUCGCCUUGCAAACUUCGCCAUUCGCUUCGCCAGGGAACACGGCUGGUGUUCCAGUCACCCUUUCAAGAUGAGCUCGGGCCCCAAAAUUGGAGAGAAUAAAGGCGAGAGCAAUGAACUUGAUGAUAUCACUGUUUUCUAUGCGGGUGUGGAGGUUGAGCUUGCCGAAGAAACCCCGAAGUUCAAAAGAGAGGGCACUCCUGCGUCUCUCUUUCUCUAUGCACAGUUAUGGCUCUCACAUGUAGGUGUGAGCAGCAAUGGCCUGUGUGGCAAACUCUUUAGCUUCAAGAAGGAUGAGGAGGAUUGCAGGGAGUUUCUGGGUUCGUUCAAGCUCACAGGCGUUACCGUGUCAAGAACGACUCGUAAACCCACGCCUAUUCCCGCGCCGCGACUCGAAAUGAUGCGUUCUUUGAUCGCAAAAAACACAGCGGCAUCGGAGCUGCCCAGGGUUGAGCGUAUUAACUUCUCACAGCUCAACGAGCGGUGCCGUUUCGCUUCUGUCCGCUCCCACGAGGAAUUUGCGUGUGCACUUCCAUCGCACCCGGCCGUGGCUCCGCUGAAAGUUGGGUACCGCCGUGAGUUUCACCUGAGAGAAACCGAUUUCGAUUUUAACAGGCACGUAAACCAGGUUGUAACCAUCACAAUGGUCAUCAACACCUUUCGAGCUGCUUUGGGUGACAACACAACCAUUUUCCCGCGCUUGUUAGAUACCGAUGUCCACCCUCUGGAUGGCGAUUUGCUCAUCCGAAGGCUACGCAUUGACUACGUUCGGGAGGUACCUGCUGACCACGCCGCCAUGGCAGUAAUGUUAUUCUUUCAAGAUGAUGUCUCAAUGGAUAAUGUCAUUGCGUCUUCCACAAAUUCGAGAAAAAAAUCCCUUACUGAACUUUGGUUUAUUGUGCAGGGAAUCCCGGCCGCUGAGACCAAUCCAUUUGUCUCCGCGGUUGGUAAGGUGCUUUUGCGGUGCUGA